AUGGAGGCACGCGCGUUGUUGCUGUUGACGCUCCUGACCGCCCCUGCCUCGUGCGGCACCGUGCUGCCCAGGGCCUCGCUUAUGGACAGCGUUUGGGCGCUCCUCAGAGACGCCUUAUCCUCCAUAUUCAAACCCAUCAUGGGCGCAGGUGGGUACGGACGGGCAGUGGAGAGGCAGAUAUAUCGGGAUCACCAGUUACUGCGCGUGAUACCAAGGACAAAAGACGAUCUCGAGGAGCUGGAAGGGCUGGAAGACGAGAGUGGAGUGGUGUUCUGGAGUCCUCCAGCUCUCAACCGAUCUCUGGAGAUGGUGCUGGCGCCCUCUGUAGCAGACGACGUCAAGCAAUACUUGUCUGACAGUGACAUGGAUUAUACUGUGCUCAAUGUCAACGUGCAGAAACUAAUUAAUACACAAAAUCCAAAGGCAGAAAAAAGUGAGAUUGUUGAGCUAAAAUCGAGCAAAGGGCAUCUGAUGACUUGGUCAAGAUACCAUCGAUACCCAGAAAUCAUGAGCUACUUGGAGUACUUGCAAAGCACCUACCCAAACUUGGUCGAGAUAUUCACAAUCGGUAAAUCCUCAGAAGGGAGACCUCUGAAAGUAGUCAAGAUAUCUUCUGACUCUUCGAGAGAAGUAAAACGUGCUAUAUGGAUCGAUGGAGGUACCCAUGGAAGAGAAUGGAUUACCCCAGCGGUAGCUCUGUACUUCAUCAGACAACUUGUCGAGCACUACGCCAAGUACAGGAACAUAGUCGACACUAUGGACUGGUACAUCAUGCCGGUGAUGAACCCGGACGGGUACGAGUACAGUCACUCCAAGGAUAGGUUCUGGAGGAAAUCUCGAGCUCCGAACAAACCCAGCUCAGACUCGGAGAGGAGAGGAAGACUGUUCUGGAGCUAUGGAGAGAGCUGUAAGGGGGUCGACCUGAACCGCAAUUGGGACUUCCACUGGAGUGAGAGAGGAGCCAGUGACGACCCCUGCAAGGAGACGUACGCCGGAGCCAGAGCCUUCUCGGAGCCAGAGACGAAAGCAGUUGCUGACUUCAUCAUGGACCACAAGGAUCGUAUGGCCGCCUUCAUCACACUUCAUUCCUACUCGCAGAUGUGGCUGGUGCCGUGGGGCUACACCCGCAGCCGAGUCAAAGACUACGAUGAUCUAGUGUACGUGGGGCGCAAAGCGAUCGAGGCCCUCAAGAAGGUACAUGGAACGGAGUACGAUAUAGGGACGUCGACAUCUCUACUCUAUCCUACAUCAGGCAGCGCGGAUGACUGGGCCAAAGGGAAAGCCGGUAUCAAGUACAGCUACACCGUGGAGCUGCGGGACAAAGGCAGCUACGGGUUCCUGCUGCCAGCAGCCCAGAUCACCCCUACUGGCCGGGAGACAUUCGCUGCCGUCAGGGCGCUAGUCAGGGCAAUCCUUAGGGAAUAUGGAUGAACUGAUACCAUUAGGUCUAGCUAGUUAAGUGCCAUUGCUCAAUCGUAUGUGACUGACUAAUAUAUUUAACUUCUUAGUUUUAAGCGUAAUGGUAUACAAUGCAUUAUUUAUUAUUUAUUGUUAACUGUUUAUAGUUUUAAAUUAAGGUUUAAACAUAGAGGAGGCUGGUUGCUCUAGAAGCCGAGAGACAAUUUACAGUGUAUAUAUACACACAGGCUAAUUUUUCGUAAAUCCGAUAAAGGAAUUUACAAAAAAUCGAUUAUUAGCCUUGCCAGCUUUACUAAGGGUCAAAAAAGGGAUUAAAAGGGUUAAAAAUAUCAAACAACAAUUUUUCUCAGAUCAUAUUAUUUUAGCUUAAGGCACUUAAAAUCAACGUCAGUCCAACGCAAUAAUAUAACGAAAUUCGUCUUUUUACCCUAAUUCAAUUCUUCACUGCCAUAUGGUUGGCUGACGAUUUUACUUUAUAUACGUGUCUGGUGGUUGGUUUGGAUUGUGUCAGUUACAAAAAUAUGACUAAAACAUAACUUGAUUUGCUAUUUGUAUCACUUGUCAUUGAUCCCCGCCAAAAUUACCAUGGCAAUCUAAUUCUUUCAUACGAGACUCUUUAGAAUAUAUAAAAUGGCUCUAUCGAUUUCAAGAAAUACUUGGUUGUGUACUAAUAUAACGCAAAUCGGCUCUCUGC